CUGAGAUGUGCUUUUAAACAAAUCUUGUCGCUCUUUUCUUACCAUAUGGAAGGCGCUACGAGUAAGAUACGAGAUCCCCCUGUUAAAAACAAAAAAAUUCCUUCAAUCUACGGAGUACGGACCGUCUGUGGCUUAGCCAGGAUUUCCGUUGUCAGGGCGGGAAUAAUAUUAGAUGAUGGAAAUGGGGUGGGAGUCGCACCAUGGGCCCAUAUCACCGAAACAACUUCCCACGUUGCACCGAUCCAUCAUCCAAUGGGCCAUGGCUUGAGGAAUGAUCCAUUUAUUCAUCCAGCCGAGCAAAUCGAGCAUCCACGGGAAACGCACUAAAGAUCGCUGGAGUCCUUGAGGAGCCGCCAUCGAAAGCUAGAAAAACGCUAGAAACUUUCUAGCCAGCUCUCGAAUCCUUGUUAAAAUCUUGGAACUCCAAACUAGCUCUGGCCUUUUCUUUCUUUCUUUCUUUCUUUUUUUUUUUUUUUUUUUUCUCACGCUAUCAAUAUUCCCGCCCCUCGGCUUUGCUUUAUUUUCCAUUUGUA